AUGUCCCUGGGCAAGACCAUGCUCGGUCGCCGUCAUGUUCUUCUCUCCGUUGUCUCGACCCUUACCAGUAUCCAGAUUGAAGGGACAUUUCCGACAGGUACAUAUCUUGUAACUGUUCACCAUCCUAUCAGCUCAGAGGACGGUGACCUGGAAAAAGCACUCUAUGGUAGCUUCUUGCCAAUUCCGUCGAGGGAUGCUUUCACGCUACCGGACCCGAGCGAGUACGAGCCCGAAAAAGCACCAGGGGCUGUCAUUCCUGUUAAAGAUGGGAAGAUUGCACUGAACCAAGGGCGCAAGCGAAUCUCUCUCAAGGUUGUCAGUAAAGGAGACAGACCAAUACAGGUUGGAUCGCAUUAUCACUUUGUUGAGACGAAUCCUCAAUUAUAUUUUGAUCGCGUCAAAGCUUAUGGCUACCGGCUGGACCUUGCAGCUGGAACAUCUGUUCGUUUUGAACCAGGUGAUACCAAAACGGUCACCCUUGUUGAGAUUGGGGGUCGCCGCUUCAUUCAAGGAGGGAACUCUAUUGCUUCUGGCCAUGUCGAGGCUUCACGUGUUGAGGAAAUUGUCAAAAGACUUCAAGAAGGUGGUUUCGGGCACGUACCUGAACCUGCUGGCGAUAGUGCUUAUAUUGAUCCGCUCAUAAUGAAUCGUACAGAUUACGUGGGCAUGUUUGGUCCAACAAUAGGCGACCUUGUUAGACUGGGGUCUACUGACCUUUGGAUCAAAGUCGAGAAAGACCUCACUGUUUAUGGAGACGAAUGUGUUUUCGGGGGUGGAAAAUCUCUGCGUGAAGGCAUGGGACAAGCAAGUGGUCGAAGCGAUGACGAGACUCUUGACACUCUUAUCACGAAUGCUCUAAUCGUUGACUGGUCUGGCAUUUAUAAGGCUGAUAUUGGCAUUAAGGACGGCGUCAUUGCUGGGAUUGGCAAGGCAGGAAAUCCGGAUGUUAUGGACGGUGUAUCAUCGAACAUGAUAGUUGGUAGCUGUACAGAUGUGAUAGCUGGGGAACGACAAAUUGUUACAGCUGGUGGCUCCGAUACUCACAUUCAUAUGAUCUGUCCUCAACAAGCCUAUGAGGCACUUUCAUCCGGUAUCACAACAAUGCUGGGUGGAGGAACCGGCCCGUCUGCAGGAACAAGUGCCACAACUUGUACGCCUGGAAAGAAUCAUCUGCGGCAGAUGCUCCAAGCUGUGGACACUUUGCCAUUGAAUUUUGGCAUUACUGGCAAGGGAAAUGACAGUGACCCGAAGGCGCUACGCGAGCAAUGUGAAGCCGGCGCUGCAGGUCUCAAACUUCACGAGGAUUGGGGUACAACUCCAGCAGCAAUCGAUACAUGUUUGUCUGUGUGCGACGAGUAUGAUGUGCAAUGCUUGAUUCAUACGGAUACACUGAACGAGUCUGGCUUUGUUGAGCAGUCAAUUCGUGCUUUUAAGGAUCGCACUAUUCAUACUUAUCAUACCGAGGGCGCUGGAGGUGGUCAUGCUCCAGAUAUCAUUUCUGUCGUUGAGCAUCCGAACGUGCUUCCUAGUUCGACGAAUCCAACUCGACCUUACACCCGCAACACACUCGAUGAACAUUUAGACAUGCUGAUGGUAUGCCAUCAUCUCAGCAGAAACAUCCCAGAGGACGUCGCCUUCGCCGAGUCACGUAUUCGUGCUGAGACAAUUGCUGCUGAGGAUGUGCUCCACGAUCUUGGUGCCAUCAGCAUGAUGUCUUCUGAUUCGCAAGCUAUGGGUCGAUGUGGCGAGGUUAUUCUUCGCACAUGGAAUACCGCCCACAAAAAUAAGGUGCAGCGAGGCCCACUCCUCGAAGAUAAGGAUACAGGCGCCGACAACUUCCGUGUGAAGAGAUAUGUUUCCAAAUACACUAUCAAUCCUGCUGUGGCGCAGGGAAUGGGGCAUGUUAUUGGCAGCCUUGAGGUAGGAAAGCUGGCCGAUUUAUGCAUAUGGAGUCCAAGUCAAUUUGGAACCAAGCCUAGCAUGGUGUUGAAGAGUGGAAUGAUCAGUUAUGCGCAUAUGGGUGAUCCCAAUGCAUCCAUACCAACUGUGCAACCUGUCAUCAUGCGACCAAUGUUUGGAGCCUUCAUCCCACAUACCAGCCUGACCUUUGUCAGCCAGGCCAGCAUUGAUUCGGGCAUGGUUGACAGCUAUGGGCUCAAGAAGCGAGUUGAACCAGUGAAGAACUGUAGAAAGAUUAGCAAGAAAGAUAUGAAGCUCAAUGAUCUGAUGCCAAAGAUGAAGGUGGAUCCAGAAAGCUAUCGUGUUGAAGCGGAUGGGCUGCAUUGUACAGUGGAGCCAGCAGAUAGACUGCCCCUGAGUCAGGAGUACUACGUCUACUAA